GUGUAUAUGCGCGGCUGCCAGGCUGUCAAGUCUUGCUGUCAGAUAACACAACAUGGUAGUGCAUAUUAUGCCCUGUUAUCAUCAUGUGAUAUGAAAAGUUACUGAAAAUUGUGCAAAACCAAGUGCGUUUUUUCUGUGUUCGUGUGGAAAUUUUGAGUGAGUUUAUUUUUCCGUGAAAUAUCACAAUGUCCGCUAAAGCGGAUUUGACUUCACACCCUCUAAGUGAGAUAAAACACCCUGAAGAAGUUAUCAGGAUGCCCCUUCAGGAUAACAUCAAAUUUGGUGUUUUGAUAGGCUUGAUCGAGGUGGGCCAGGUUUCCAACAAGGAGGUUGUCAACACAGUUCUGCAAUUGGUGAGUCCCACCUCCUCUUCCAAUCGAUCGGAUAUAACGCUCGUCGGCGGCGAGUUUGACAUGGAGUUGAACUUCGUCAUACAGGAUGCUCAGAAUAUCAGGCACAUGCUGGAACUUCUUGAUCAUUGUCCUCCGAAUCUUCAGGCCGAGAUAUGGAGCGUCUUCAUCGCCAUCUUGAGGAAGAGCGUCCGCAAUUUGCAAGCAUGCACAGACGUCGGCCUGAUAGAACAUGUUCUCAAAAGACUCAGGAACGCGGACGUGGUCGUAGCCGAUCUACUCAUAGAGAUGCUGGGAGUGCUGGCGAGCUACAGCAUAACCGUGAAAGAACUGAAAUUGUUGUUUGGUGCCAUGAAAGCUGUGAAUGGUAAAUGGCCCCGUCACUCCGCCAAACUACUGAACGUGCUCCGUCAAAUGCCUCAGAGGAGCGGACCAGAUGUUUUUUUCAGUUUCCCAGGACGCAAGGGAUCGGCAAUUGUGUUACCUCCAUUAGCGAAAUGGCCUUACGAAAGUGGCUUCACUUUCACCACUUGGUUCCGUUUGGACCCUAUCAAUUCAGUUAAUAUAGAGAGGGAGAAGCCUUACUUGUAUUGUUUCAAAACUAGUAAAGGUGUAGGAUAUACAGCUCAUUUUGUAGGCAAUUGUUUAGUUUUAACCUCGAUGAAAAUCAAGGGCAAAGGUUUUCAGCACUGUGUCAAAUACGAAUUUCAACCAAGAAAGUGGUACAUGCUUGCUAUAGUUUAUAUUUAUAAUAGAUGGACAAAGAGUGAGAUAAAAUGUUUAGUCAAUGGUCAAUUAGCUUCAAGCACAGAUAUGGCUUGGUUUGUUUCGACAAAUGAUCCUUUUGAUAAGUGUUAUAUUGGUGCCACGCCAGAACUAGACGAAGAGAGAGUUUUUUGUGGUCAAAUGUCUGCCAUAUAUUUGUUCAGUGAAGCACUAACAACGCAACAAAUAUGCGCUAUGCAUAGGUUAGGUCCAGGAUACAAGAGUCAGUUUCGUUUCGAUAACGAAUGUAAUAUUAAUUUACCUGACAAUCACAAAAGGGUGAGUGAUAAUGACCAGUCAUCUAGCAUGUCAUUGACUGCAGUGGAUGCACGUACCGUUUUAUACGAUGGUAAACUCUCCAGUGCUAUAGUAUUUAUGUACAAUCCUGUUGCAACAGAUAGUCAGUUAUGUUUACAAUCAGCACCCAAGGGCAAUUUAUCUUAUUUUGUACACACGCCUCAUGCUCUCAUGUUGCAAGACGUGAAAGCGGUGAUAACGCAUUCCAUCCACAGCACUCUUAAUUCCAUAGGAGGUAUCCAAGUACUGUUCCCGCUAUUUUCUCAAUUGGACCUGCCUUACGAGUUGAAUACCGCCUCGGACUUCAAACGUGAUCCGACCCUAUGCUCAAAGUUACUGGGGUUUAUCUGCGAACUAGUGGAGACGUCGCAGACAGUCCAGCAACACAUGAUACAGAACAGGGGAUUCCUAGUGAUAAGCUUCAUGCUGCAGAGGUCUUCUAGAGACCAUCUCACCGUUGACGUGCUCGGUUCAUUCCUCAGCUUAACUAAGUAUCUUGUUACAUGCCUCAGUGCCAAUAGCGAGCUCUUGCUCAAACAGUUGUUUUGCUUUUCAUUUCUGACCUGGCAGUUGCUGGAUCACGUGCUGUUCAAUCCGGCACUGUGGAUAUACACCCCGGCACCGGUGCAGACGAGACUGUACUCCUAUCUGGCCACGGAGUUCCUCUCAGACACGCAGAUCUACUCGAACGUGAGGAGGGUCUCAACCGUGCUGCAGACAGUUCAUACGCUCAAGUACUAUUACUGGGUCGCGAAUCCUCGAAAUAAGAGUGGAAUAAUACCGAAGGGUUUGGAUGGACCUAGACCUGCGCAGAAGGAUAUACUGGCUAUCCGAGCCUACAUAUUGCUUUUCCUCAAACAACUCAUCAUGGUAGGAAACGGCGUCAAAGAUGAUGAACUGCAAAGCAUACUAAACUAUUUAACGACAAUACACGAAGAUGAGAACCUUCACGACGUGCUCCAGAUGUUAAUAUCACUGAUGUCCGAACAUCCGUCGUCGAUGGUUCCCGCUUUCGACGCAAAGUUCGGAGUGCGCUGCAUCUUCAAACUGUUAGCUUCCGAGAGUCAAUUAAUACGGUUGCAAGCCCUGAAACUGUUGGGCUUCUUCCUGAGCAGGAGCACCCAUAAGAGGAAGUACGACGUGAUGAGUCCCCACAAUCUGUACACGUUGCUGGCUGAGAGACUUCUGUUGAACGAGGACAGCCUCUCGCUACCGACUUACAACGUUCUUUACGAAAUCAUGACGGAGCACAUCAGCCAGCAGAUUUUGUACACUAGACAUCCAGAGCCGGAAUCGCACUUCAGGCUUGAAAAUCCCAUGAUUCUCAAAGUUGUUGCCACAUUGAUCCGUCAAUCGAAGCAAGACGAACAGCUGUUGGAGGUGAAGAAGCUGUUUCUGUCGGACAUGACGCUUCUCUGUAACAACAAUAGGGAAAAUAGAAGGACAGUCUUGCAGAUGUCGGUUUGGCAAGAGUGGCUCAUCGCUAUGGCUUACAUUCAUCCUAAGAACACGGAAGAACAGAAGCUGUCCGAUAUGGUUUAUUCACUGUUUAGGAUGUUACUACACCAUGCGAUUAAGUACGAGUAUGGAGGAUGGAGGGUGUGGGUAGAUACACUGGCCAUAGUGCAUUCCAAGGUAUCGUACGAGGAGUUCAAACUUCAGUUCGCCCAAAUGUACGAACACUACGAACGCCAUCGCGCCGACAACAUAACUGACCCGCUGGUGAGGCAGCAACACCCGAUCAGCACCAUCUCUGGGUGGGAGCAUCAAACGCAGGCCGUGGCGAACGGCGACUGCGCUGACGACCCGGACGAAAGAUGGAACAACAGAACAUCAAACAUGCGCGAAAUCACCCACGGCAACGACAAAUCGGACCAUCUGUGCAACUGCGACUACAACAUGUCGGAAGGCAGUCCCAUGUCUUACACUGCCAAACACGAGGAUAGCGAAGGUGUCAGUUUAGAUUCUAGGACUAGCGAUCUCUAUAGUGACGUUAAAGUGGGCAAGGAUUCGCCGUAUUCCAUGGAUUCGCCUUUGAAGUCGCAGAUAGCUGAGAGCACACCCGAACCUUGCGAGUACCAAAUGGUAGUUUGUAACGGUUUACAUACGGAGAGCAGCUCGAGCUUUGGAUCGCCAGCCAAGAACCCUGAAGAAGUGGAAUCGACAGAAAUCAUAUCCGAAAUCGUGGAAGAGAUCUUACAAAAAUCGGAAAAGCUCCUGGAAAAGUGCGAGGAAGAUCUCAGGAAUGACGAAGUACCUUCCCCGAUCGUGGUCGUUGAUCAAGAGAUCGUUCAGGCGGUAAACGAAAUCGUUAGUAACGUCCUAGAAGCUGUCAGGGAGGAAGAGGAGGAGGCUAACUUGGAGACGACGCUCACUCAGGAUCAAGAAGACGAGGAGAAGAACGAUAAGUCCAUCGUUUCCCAGCAGAGCAUCCAAAGCAUCGAAGACACGGGCUCGCCAACAAGUCCUGAGAGGGAUAUACUGGACAGUGACCUUUCGGAGAGAUACCAGACCCCGACCGACUACGACGAGGUGGUCGAAAUUGCUACCGGUGGUGAAUCGCCAAUCAAGCAAAUCUCUAUUGAAGAUGUGAAAGGAGACGAAUUGAAGAAGCCUGAUGGUGAAGAGAAGGAGAACUUUGAUGAAGAGGUAUUUUCCACUGAUACCGCGGAAUCUGAAGAAAAUACUAAAGUUCCAGAGGAGGAAACGCCCAAAGAUAAUCCCGAAGAGUUUCACGAAGCGAAAUCCGAAUCUCCCGCAACCGAAACCAUUCCAGCGGUUCAAGAAGAAGGGGAUAAAACUAAUCCGAUCGAAGGUGCGGAGAGUGACGUGAAGACCGUCGAAGUUGUUAGUGAACACGAAAAAACUGAAAGUGGAGAGUCCGAACCUGUGCCAAGUGUCGAAAAUAGUGCUGUGUCUGUAGAAUUAGAGCCGUCCAAUGUAAUUUCUAGUCUAAAUAAUGAAUUAACUGAAGACAUUCCUAUCGAACCAAGUGAACUUAUACCGUUAGAGAACAAUCCUUCGGCGAGUUCAGAAGACGUUUCGAAAAAGGUCGUUGAGGAUGAGGACAGCGAAGUGCCUUCGGUUGAAAGCAUUCCAACGAUUUCGAAAAUCUGUGAUCCUAGUUACGAUGUCGAAAAUAUUGUAUCUACUAGUUUUCCGAAUCCUAACGACAGUGAGAAGGUAUCAGACGUUGACGCCCCAGCCCAAAAAGAUACUACAGUGCCUCUAGACGAACCUAAACGAAGAGUUAGCCUACCUAGCAAUCACUUAGAAAACCAAAAUAGCGACCCUGCCAACGAAUGCCCAGAUGAAAGGAGACCAAGGAGCGCUUCAACUUCGACCCAAGUUGAUCCGAAUCAUUUUGGAGGUAACAAAUACGCGAAAUCCAACUCUACCUCAUCCAGACCCAUGUUCAGUCCUGGACCUACAAGGCCGCCCUUCAGGAUACCCGAAUUCAAGUGGUCUUACAUACAUCAGAGACUGCUCUCCGACGUGCUCUUCUCCCUCGAGACCGACAUCCAGGUCUGGAGGAGUCACUCGACCAAGUCGGUGCUCGAUUUCGUCAAUAGCAGCGAUAACGCCAUAUUCGUCGUCAAUACGGUACAUCUGAUAUCGCAGUUGGCGGACAACUUGAUCAUCGCUUGCGGCGGUUUGUUACCGUUGUUGGCUUCGGCCACAUCUCCGAAUAGCGAACUGGACGUUAUCGAACCCACCCAAGGCAUGCCGAUAGAGGUCGCUGUUUCCUUCCUGCAGAGACUCGUCAAUAUGGCGGACGUACUCAUCUUCGCUAGUUCCUUGAACUUUGGAGAGCUGGAAUCUGAGAAAAAUAUGUCGAGCGGGGGCAUUUUGAGGCAAUGUUUGAGAUUGGUUUGCACUUGCGCAGUGCGAAACUGUUUGGAGUGCAAAGAGAGAAGCCGACCGCACCUAUCACUUGCACCCGCCUCCGUAAAUUCCAGUCACAAGGCUGCACACCUCCAGUCCUUUAUACGGGGUGUACAGAAUUCGCCGAAGAAUGUCGCAGAAAAUCUGUCGAAUAAUUCGACGCCUGUCAAAGAUCCGGAGAAGCUUCUUCAAGAUAUGGAUGUCAACCGGUUGAGGGCAGUCAUAUACAGAGAUGUGGAGGAAACAAAGCAAGCCCAAUUCUUGUCGCUCGCCAUAGUCUAUUUCAUAUCGGUGCUGAUGGUAUCUAAGUACAGGGAUAUCCUAGAGCCACCCGUUUCGAUAAGGGCUGCAAGUCCACCAGCGCCUGCUAAGAGUAAUGGAACUUCGCAUCACUCCAACAGUCCACAAGCUACGAGAUCCAUACAUAACCAGACUCAGGAAGACACCGACUAUGACGUAAUCACUGCCUAUGUCAUGGAUGACAACCAUUCCAUGAGUCAAGAAAAUGACCUCCAUUCUGGACCAGCAUCUAUUAAGACCACCGCCACAGUAAGGCAACGACCUGCCGCUACGGGAUAUGGUUUUACUGUAGAUUACUCUUUGGAUGGAAUAAGGCAUGCUCGGUCUCGUGGUCAUGCUAGUUUUACUACUAAGAGCACCGACUCCGUGGAAGAAAUAAAUUCGGAAAAUUCGGGAGAACUCAACAAUAUGGGAUCGCACAACGAAAUAACAAUACCAGACAACAAGACACUGUCCAACGAUGAAAACUGGACAGACAUCAAUCUGAAUGAGGACAGCGAGACCAAAGAUGAUUCGCGUAACAUGCAGAAUAUGUCCCACUCUCAUCUUGGACUCGUUGACAUCGAGGGCAAUAUACAAGGUUUAGUAUCUGGCGACAAGCACCAUACGGACAUUUCGGUGGUACAGAUCCCACAUGACGUUAUCCAGAAUUCCAGUCAAAUACGAGCCGACGAGCUCCCCAUGAACAGUAUCGUCGAGCACAUAUCAAUCCCGACGCCUUCCAGAGAAGCUUCGCUCACGCAAAAGUUGGAGAUGGCGCUGGGUUCCGUAUGCCCGCUCCUCAGGGAGAUAAUGGUCGACUUCGCCCCGUUCCUCUCGAAGACCCUGGUCGGCUCGCACGGCCAAGAACUCCUGAUGGAGGGCAAGGGUCUGACCACUUUCAAAAACAGCAAUUCGGUCGUCGAACUGGUCAUGUUGCUGUGUUCGCAAGAGUGGCAGAACUCGCUACAGAAACACGCCGGUCUCGCCUUCAUCGAGCUGAUCAACGAGGGGAGGCUGCUAUCUCACGCCAUGAAGGAUCACAUUGUCCGCGUGGCCAACGAGGCAGAGUUCAUCCUGAACAGGAUGAGAGCCGAUGACGUUUUGAAACACGCUGAUUUCGAGAGUCAAUGUGCCCAGUCGUUGUUGGAUAGGAAGGAAGAGGAAAGAAUGUGCGAUCAUCUCAUAACGGCAGCUAGACGGAGGGACAACGUUAUCGCUAGCCGUCUACUAGAAAAAGUCAGGAAUAUAAUGUCUAAUAAGCAUGGGGCUUGGGGCUAUGUGGACCCAUCUUCACCUAGAUUAACCGAAUUCUGGAAACUGGAUGCGUGGGAAGACGAUGCCAGAAGGAGAAAAAGGUUUGUUCAUAAUCCUCUCGGCACUUCACAUCCGGAGGCGAGUCUGAAAGCGGCAAUUGAGCACGGAGCCCCGGAGGACGCCAUAUUGCAAGCUAGGGAAGAGUUUCACGCACACUUGGCAGCAACGAGGAGCCAUCAGAAUGUUCAAAAUACUGAUUUGAUGGACGACAGCGAACUACUUAUGGAUGAUAGGGAGUUGGACACAGAUCUAACAGGACCGGUGAAUAUAAGCACCAAAGCUAAACUGAUUGCACCCGGAGUCGUGGCACCCGGAAUUGUAUCUAUCACGUCUACCGAGCUCUACUUCGAGGUCGACGAAGAAGACGAAAACUUCAAGAAGGUCGAUUCAGAGGUCCUCAAAUACUGCGAUCAUCUGCAUGGCAAGUGGUACUUCUCGGAAGUUAGGGCGAUAUUUUCACGCAGAUAUCUACUGCAAAAUGUUGCCGUCGAAAUUUUUCUUGCUAGUCGAACCUCAAUUAUGUUCGCCUUCCCUGAUCAAGCGACCGUGAAGAAAGUGAUAAAGGCGCUACCGAGAGUUGGCGUUGGAAUCAAAUAUGGAAUACCGCAGACCAGGAGGGCAAGUAUGAUGUCUCCUAGGCAACUGAUGAGAAACUCCAACAUGACCCAAAAAUGGCAGCGGCGAGAAAUAUCAAAUUUCGAAUAUUUGAUGUUUUUGAACACUAUAGCAGGGCGAACUUAUAAUGACCUCAACCAAUAUCCCGUCUUCCCGUGGGUCCUCACCAACUACGACACGAAGGAUCUGGACCUGAGCCAACCUAGCAACUACAGGGACCUAUCAAAACCUAUCGGCGCGUUGAACCCCAACAGGAGGGUCUACUUCGAAGAUAGGUAUUCUGCCUGGGAGCACGACAGCAUACCUCCUUUCCAUUACGGAACCCACUACAGCACUGCCGCAUUCGUCUUCAACUGGCUCAUUCGUUUGGAACCAUUCACCACCAUGUUCUUGGCCCUGCAAGGCGGAAAAUUCGACUAUCCCAACAGGCUCUUCUCGUCCAUAAGCCUCUCUUGGAAAAACUGCCAAAGAGAUACCUCAGACGUUAAAGAACUCAUACCGGAAUUUUACUUCUUGCCCGAAAUGUUCGUCAAUUCAAACAAGUACCGAUUGGGCGUGAACGAGGAUGGUAAGCCCAUAAGCGAUGUUGAGUUACCCCCGUGGGCCAACACCCCAGAGGAAUUUGUGAGGAUCAACAGAAUGGCGUUAGAAUCCGAAUUUGUAUCUUGUCAAUUACACCAAUGGAUCGACCUCAUCUUCGGUUACAAACAAAGAGGACCAGAAGCAAUCAGGGCCACCAACGUGUUCUAUUACCUGACCUACGAAGGAAGCGUCGAGUUGGACGCCAUACAAGAUAAGGUUAUGAAGGAAGCGGUCGAGAAUCAAAUCAAGAACUUCGGACAGACGCCGAGUCAACUCCUCAUGGAACCUCAUCCGCCAAGAAGUUCCGCCAUGCAUCUGUCGCCGAUGAUGUUCUCCAGCAUACCGGAUGAUGUCUGUAUGACCAUGAAGUUCUUGUCCAACAGUCCUGUGGUGCACAUCUCCGCCAAUACCUAUCCUCAAUUACCGAAUCCAUCUGUGGUUACCGUGACCAUGCAUCAGCAGUUUGCUGUCAACAGGUGGAACUCAGGAUAUGCCGCUGUUGCGCAGUCACCCAGCUUCGCCGAUACGCCUCAAAAUCAAAGCUCCAAUCUACCUCUCACAAUGGACCCUGUCCUCUCCCAAACCACAACCAGUGCCAACGCCAACCAGAUGCUCCGCCGUCACCUGGGCGACAACUUCAGCCAGAACCUGAAGAUCCGCUCCAACUGCUUCGUGACGACGGUCGACUCCAAGUUCGUCAUAGCGUGCGGCUUCUGGGACAACAGCUUCAGGGUGUUCUCGACGGAUACCGCCAAAAUCAUCCAGAUCAUAUUCGGCCAUUAUGGCGUCGUCACCUGCCUGUCCAGAUCCGAGUGCAACAUCACCUCGGACUGCUACAUCGCCUCCGGCUCGGCCGAUUGCACCGUCCUGCUGUGGCACUGGAACGCGAGGACGCAGAAUAUCGUCGGCGAGGGCGAGGUGCCGACUCCUAGGGCCACGCUGACAGGGCACGAACAGCCCGUCUCCAGCGUCGUCAUAUCCGCUGAAUUGGGAUUGGUGGUUUCCGGAUCGUACAAUGGGCCUGUAUUGGUCCACACUACAUUUGGUGACUUACUCCGUUGUUUGGAUCCCCCCAACGGGUUCAAUUCUCCAGAAAAUAUAACGAUGUCCCGUGAAGGUGUCAUAGUGGUGAAUUACGAAAAAGGAAACGUCGCUGCAUUCACGAUAAAUGGAAAACGGCUGAGACACGAAUCGCAUAAUGACAAUAUACAGUGUCUUCUUCUGAGUCGAGAUGGAGAAUACCUGAUGACUGGAGGUGAUAAAGGAAUCGUAGAAGUAUGGCGUACCUUCAACUUAGCCCUGUUAUAUGCCUUCCCAGCAUGUGAUAGUAGUGUCAGAUCGCUUGCGUUAUCACAUGAUCAAAAGUUUCUAUUGGCUGGUUUAGCUCUUGGGUCGCUAGUUGUAUUCCACAUUGAUUUCAACAGAUGGCAUCAUGAAUUCCAGCAACGUUACUGAUCGGAAUGGCCCCACAACUUAAUGAGAAAUAAAAAAUGAAAUCAUUCCCUGUCAGGAGAUAUGUACUUAAAGCUUUUACUUUAUAUUAUUAACUUAGUAUUUUUUUUUUCAUAUUUUAUUCCAAGGUUUCUUCUUGAAGUGAAAAAAAAUCAGCGUUUUUCGUAGUGACUAGGAAACAAUUACAAUUUGCUACAGAGUGAUUUUUUUAACUUCAAUGAGAACUCUUCCCGUUAUAAUAUAGUAGGGUAGGUUCAAAAGAAGUUACUUUUUGUGCAAUAUACACAUAAUUUAACGAAAACUUAAAAAACUAGAAAAUUGUUCACUUGUUAACUGAAAAAUUUCUAGAUCUAGGUGCAUUAAUUUUUCAGGUCACCGAAUUUUUUUCCGAAAGAUUUUAAUCGUAGUAUCUAGUUCUAAAUUAUUCGUUUCAAAUCGAGAUUGUAUUAGUCAAAUGGUUUUUGUAUUCAUUUGUGAAGUCUUAUUGUCUAUCUCGAAUUAUCUGAGAGUUGCACAUGUAAUGGUCAAAGGAUAAAGGGGAAUUCCUGUUCAAUUCCCUAUUAAGGUGAAAAUUCAUCGCGAUCUUGGCAAACCUAAUCGGAAAUGAAUUGUUAUAGAUGUUGAAUAAUCCAGUAAAUGUAACUUUCAGAUGAUUCAUAGUGAUUUUAAUGAAAUAAGAAUUCAAGAAAUAAGCACGAUUCGCUUAAUGCUUGCACAUCCAAAAAAAAUCCUGCAAGUUGUUGUUGAGCUUUUCUGGGAUACUAUGUGAAUUUUCUUCAUUUUUGCACCAUAAACUACUAAAAUCUUCCACCUUUCAAAGGAAUUUUAAAUUAGGUAUUUCGAUUCUAAAAUCUUCACCAAAAAGCAUAAUCCCAUUUAAGGAGUUAAUUCUAUUUUUGGGGAAUGUUGCAAAUUUUCAUAGUACCGACAGAAAAGUGAAUAUAAACAUGGCGCAUUCGGUUGAAUUCUUGUCGGGUUCAUGCCGAAUCCACUUGUGCUUUUUCGAAACAUUCCCUCCAAGCAUGUGUAUUAUAUAAUUAUAUAUUGCAAUCUGUCCAUUUAAGGAAUCAAAACACUUGUAAAUAAAAAGGAAGGUUGUUUUAUUUCUCAGAGAAUCGCUGAUGUGUAUUUGAAUGAAAAUAAAAAACUUGUAUUAUUUUGUUACUUGAAAAGAGAAAGGGAUGUAAUUAUUUGUAAGAAAUUUAUGUAUGUUUGAUGUCUAGCAAUAACAUUGUAUCUACUACUCAUUUGUAUACACCGUAAUAUGAAUAAAAAAUUAAAUGUGUUUUGUUCAAA